AUGCUAAAUAGUUAUCCAAUUUAUAAUCCAACAACAAAUAAUUUACGUCGUAAUAGUCUUAAUUCUACUUUACCAUUAACGAAAUAUCGUCGAAAUUCAUUUUUACCUUCAACACCAUUAAUUUUAUCCCAACAAACAUAUACAGAAUAUUCUGAUGAUUAUUUCUCAUCAUCCUCAUCAUCAACUUCAACAACAAAUAAUAAUAAUAAUAAUCAAUCAAAAAUUAACGAAAUCCCAAUAAAUCUUUUUUCGGAAUCUAAAGAUGAUAAUAGUCUUUCAUUUCUUGAUAGUCUUGAUCUUACAAAUAAUUUAAUAUCGUCAACAAAUGAUGACAAUCUAUUUAAUGAGAAAAAUUUAUCGGAUUUAUCAACACCAUCACCUGUUAUUUCAUCUCCUCAAUCUACAAUUCAAUGUGUACGUAUUAUUCGUCGAAAUGAUACAACUCCUAUCCAAGCAAAUUCAAAUUCGAAUUCAAAUCAACGACGUGUUGUACGUGUCAUCCGAUUAAGUAAUUCUACACGUACAACAGAACAAUCUCCAUCGUCAUCAUCAUCAUCAUCAAAUGUAUAUAUUGUUCGAAAAAGUGAUCUAACGCCAACUGUUCAUAUAAAUCCUGCCGUUCAACAUGUUAUUGCAAAAACAAAUAAUAAUAAUAAUAAUAAUAAUCCUAAUCCUAAUCCUAUAGAUGAAAAUAAUCAAAUAAAUAAAUUUUAUGGUUCAACAAUAUCAAUAUUUGGUAUUGAAUUUACUGUUGUAUCACAUGAAACAAAUUCUACAGAUAAAUGUGCAUCACUUGUACAAAAUAUGAAUGACACAACGAUAAAAACAAAUGUACAGACAACAAACAAAAUAAAUGAUAUUCAUAAAUUAUUCUCAAGAAUUUAUCGAUGUGUACUUUGUUCAGCGGAAUUUAAUGUUUACGAAGAUUUUGUUUCACAUGGUAGUGGACAUUUACAAGAUUUAUCAUUAAAACCACUUGAAACAGCAUCUGUUUUUCGUCGACGGUCAUAUCGAUGUCUUCUACCGCAUUGCAAUGCAAGAAUUGAAAGUGAAACUGAAAGUCCUCGUAUACUUGAUCAAUUAUUCCGUCGACAUCUUCUUAGUCAUGUUGGUACACAUCCAUUUAAAUGUCAUAUAUGUAAAAGUAAAUUUCAACGAAUACAAAAUUAUCGUGUUCAUUUAGCAUAUCAUGAAGAAAUGAACAGUCCUUCAUUACAGUGUAAAAAAUGUUUAAAAAAAUUUCCAACUGAUAAGCAAUAUAAUUUUCAUAUUCGUAAAUGUUUUGUUGUACCACCACCACCAUCACAAACAACAAAUACAACAGCUUCAUUUCGUUGUCAUAUAUGUAGUGAAAAUUUUGAAAAAGAUCAAAGUUUGAAAUUACAUAUAAAACAUUUUCAUUCAUCACGUCCAUCAACACCGAAUGUAACUGCUAUACGAAGUGAUAAUGAAGUUCGUGUUCGAUUAGUAUCUCCUCCAGCUGUUUCAGUUAAACCAAAACCAUCAAUGAUUUCAACAAAUACAUGUCAGAUUUGUCAUCAAGAAUUUCCGAAACGUUUACUGUAUAAGAAACAUAUGUUAACACAUUUGGGAGAUAAACAUUUUGCAUGUACUUAUCCAGCAUGUAAAGAUACAUUUUAUUCACAAUCAAAUCUUGAUCGUCAUGUACGUACUGUACAUUUACGUGGAAGUCAUUCAUUUGUAUGUACAUUUCCUGAUUGUGGAAAAACAUUUACAAGAAAUGAUUCUUUAAAAAAUCAUCGUGCUAAACAUUUUCCUAAUAUGAUUAUGAAAUGUCCAUAUGUUGAUUGUGAAGAAAAAUUUCGUGUACGUUCAACAUAUCAUGCACAUGUUAAAAGACAUCGAAAUGAAAAACAACAAGCGUCAACUAUUUAUGUUUGUGUUCUACAAAAUUGUCAAUAUACAACAUCGAAUAAAGCAAGCAUGAAACAACAUUUAACAAAAGUACAUGAUUAUAAACAAGAAAAAGAUGAAGAUAUUCCUUAUAUUCAAUAUCCGUCCAAACCACACCAACAACAACAGCAGCAGCAGCAGCAGCAACAACAAACUCAACAACAACAACAACAAUCACUGCCUAUUGAAGAACCAACUUCAACGAAUAUUGUUGAAGUUUCAGCUCCAGUUGUAGUUAAACUACCCGGUGAUGAACCUCUUCCACCUCCGCCAAUUGUUGUACCUAUUACUCAACCAUUAGUUUCUGCACCACCGCCACAACCACUUCCGCCACCACCCUUAAGAGAUCCAUUCGAUUUCUUUGAUAUGUUAAUGAUGCCUGAUGUACCACUCGGUGAUCUUGAUUGGUUAAAUAUUGAAUCUGAAGAAAAUAUUCGUCCACGUAAACGUCAAAAUAUAAUUACAAUUAGCCGUGAUAUGGAAAGUUUAUCAACAGUUGUAGUAGAAAAUUUAAGUGGUUGUGCUCGAACAGAUUAUCGUAGUAAUCAUGCAUUACUUGAACGUGCGAAAUUUCGACGAAAAUUAUUGAAUUAUAAGCGCGAACUUUUGCGAGUUGAUUCUCAACCAGUUUCAACAUCAACUCAACGAUUAUCAUGUCAAUUAUCUGAUGAUAAUGAUAAUGAUGAUGAAGAUGAGGAUAUUCUUGAAACAACAACAUGGGAAACAAGUCCAAAACGAAUGAAACGAUGGGUUGAUGUUAAUGAAAAUUAA